ACAUCCUGGAUCUUAAUGUUCGACACCCACCCGGCGUGUUGGGUGAACUUGUGGCAUGCGUCUCCCGCCAGCACAAUCCGCCCGCCCCAGCUCCAUUGCGCCAGACUCCCUUCCUCCAGAUUCGCUAUCCCCUCGAUCAAUCGCGUCACGUACACAUCCUUCACCUUCAGUGUCCUCGACACGGGGAAAUCGGCGAACUGUGCCGCAUAACGUUACGCCUCUAUGUCGGCUUCGGUGUAGCGCAUUUGCUCCGUCGCCGGCCCCGUCGGUGUCCGGCUCGCACAAGAAGACCCAGCCUCGCUCCUGCCCAGCUAGGAAUAUGACAGACAUGUCUUCCGACUGUGUGUCGGAACCGUGGCCAAUCUCUACGUCAACGGUGCUCGGUCGGGGAAAGCUGUCAUCACUCACGUGAUAGCUAAGCGAGCAGGUCGCGACCUCCCACUUAGGGAGCGGAUGACUCGCGAACUAGGCAGAUCAGCAACAACACCUUAAGGCAAUAGAUUGGCACCUUUCGCCUCACAAGAGCUAUUCGUUCAUCACGCUAAUUCACCACCUUA